CGCCGGCGAGAGUUGCGGACCUUGUACGUACAAGUGACGUACAUGUGUGUGACAGAGACGUACGUGCGCGUUCCCCGCCGGCCUUGGCUCCUCCUCCUCUGUCGCCUCUAAUGCUGGGGAAGAUGGCGGCUCCGUGACAGGGGUGGUACCUGCCCCAGCACCGGGAGAGACCGGGACCACCAGCACGUGUGUGGAAUGCCAUGGCCUGCUCCUCCGAGAGUGAAGAUGACGCAUUUAUGGCCGUAGACGGAGAGGACGCCACAGACGGAACAAUGGAACAGGAUGAUGAACCGCGCACUCAGACAGCGCCUGAACCGACCAAACAUAAGCGCUCCAUGUUCGAGCUGCCGGAGGAGGUCCUGGAAUACAUCCUGUCCUUCCUGUCGCCGUAUCAGGAACACAAGAGCGCGGCGGUUGUAUGUAAGCAGUGGUACCGGCUCAUCAAGGGUGUCGCUCAUCAGUGUUAUCACGGAUUCAUUAAAGCGGUUCACGAUGGCAACAUCCAGUGGGAGAGCCGAACAUACCCCUAUCCCGGGACCCCAAUUACUCAGCGCUUCUCACACAGUGCGUGCUACUACGACUCUAACCAGUCCAUGUACGUGUUUGGCGGGUGCACGCAGAGCAGCUGUAACGCUGCGUUUAAUGACCUGUGGCGGCUGGAUCUCAACAGCAAGGAGUGGAUCCGACCUUUGGCCUCCGGUUCCUAUCCCUCCCCCAAGGCGGGGGCCACGCUGGUGGUGUACAGAGAACUGCUGGUGCUGUUCGGAGGGUGGACUCGCCCCAGCCCGUACCCGCUACAUCAACCCGAGCGCUUCUUUGAUGAGAUCCACACGUACUCGCCUUCUAAAAACUGGUGGAACUGCAUAGUGACCACACACGGCCCUCCACCCAUGGCUGGACAUUCCUCAUGUGUCAUUGGGGACAAGAUGAUCGUCUUCGGAGGCUCACUCGGUUCCCGGCAAAUGAGCAAUGACGUCUGGGUGCUCGACUUGGAGCAGUGGUCGUGGUCCAAGCCAAAUAUCUGCGGGCCCAGCCCCCACCCCAGAGGAGGACAGUCCCAGAUCAUCAUCGACAACGAGACCAUUCUCAUCCUGGGCGGCUGCGGAGGACCCAAUGCUCUCUUUAAAGAUGCCUGGUUGCUGCACAUGAAUACCAACCCUUGGACCUGGCAGCAGCUGAAGGUGGAGAACGAGGAGCACGGGGCGCCCGAGCUCUGGUGCCACCCAGCGUGUAGGGUAGGCCAGUGUGUGGUAGUGUUCAGCCAGGCACCCAGUGGCCUUGCUCCUCUCAGUCCAAGCCUGAACUCCCGUCCUUCUCCAAUCAGCGCCACGCCACCCUCCCUGGCUCCGGAGACUCGGGAGUACCGCUCGCAGUCCCCUGUCAGAGCGCCGGAUGAAGCUCCCUGUGUGAACGGCCGCUGGGGGACACUCAGGCCUCGGGCUCCUAGGCACGCUGGCGGGGGGUCCCGUGAAGGCAGCUGGUCGCCAGCAAGAGGCGACGGCCUCUCUCCCGUCCAUAAUGGAGGCAGUAUCUCGCCUGCUGCAGCUCUAGACAGCCCCCUGCAGGUCAUGUCGCCCCCUGCAGCUGAGGGCUGUGAUCACCAGGCUCCGCCCCCGCUGCCUGCACGCAGGGGAUCCCUUCCAGAGCAGAAGGAUUUAUGUCUAGGCGCUGAAGAGUGCGCAUGGAAAAGGGGCGACCUGGAGCUGGACUCUGCGAGUAGAAACCCACCAGAGCAAACCAAUGGCGUGCACAGCCCACCUCACAUCACUUACUCCGGAACAGUGUCUCCUGGCGCGCUCCGUCGGAGCCUAGAAGCUGUCCGAGCCCUGGCGACUUCCUCAGUGUCAUCAUCGUCCUCUUCUUCAUCGUCACAUGGGGGUGCUAAGCCAGUAAGCCCUCCCACCCUCUCCUCCCCAAGCUCACCCAACAGUGGAACUGAAGCAGCAUCUGCUCGUCCAGCCUCGGCCCAAAGUGAUGGCCACUCCCUGCCCCCUAUCGCCCGUCGCCUAGGUCACCACCCACCCCAGUCACUCAAUGUGGGGAAGCCCUUAUAUCAGAGCAUGAACUGCAAGCCUAUGCAGAUGUACGCAUUGGACAUUCAAGGGACCCGGGAACGGGGCCGUGUAAAAUGGAAGGUGUUCAGCGGCAGUUCCGUGGUGGGGCCCCCCGAGACCAGCUUACACACUGUCGUGCAGGGCCGGGGGGAGCUGAUCAUUUUCGGUGGGCUCAUGGACAAGAAACAGAACGUCAAAUAUUACCCUAAAACCAACGCCUUGUAUUUCGUACGAGCCAAGAGAUAAUGUGACCAUGGACCUCAGACCUCUAUUUGGAAACGGCUCCAUUUUUACCUAUUUUACACUACUUGGCCCUUUGUGGUUUUGUCCUUGGUUUUCAGAUGAGCCGGUAAAUAAAGUAGCAGCUUUGAUGCUCA